CGCCACAGCCAUCGUUUAGCCCACAUGGACGGCACCACAACCUCGUUGCAACCACCUCGUGGGCCAGGGUCUGCCCGAGCGCUCAGUUGACCACCUAGACUAAGUCGCGAUGUUCUUCUCUUCAACACCCCGGCGCAUGCUUGUGGGCUCCAAGUACCUCUAGGUACCAGCCAAAGUCCGAGCCAGUCCGAGCCAGCCCUUACAAAGCUGGCAACUAGGACCAUAGCGCAAGGUUACGGUGUGAGAGUCGCAUCUUCAAGUUGCUGGGGAUGUGUGCCUCUGAUGAUUAGUCCACGAUGGAUGUAAUUAAUGAUUUCUAAGCGCGGGUGAACUCUCCCUCCUUGUCCGCUUAACAUUUCUAGGUCACCAUGGGGAGUCACGACACUUAAACGGGAAUGUAGCCGUCAACUACCUAUCUGGUAAAAUGUUCAUGUUCAUGCACGCAACCCCUAAAGACUCCAAGAUAAUCAUCACAUCCAACGGUCCACGAUGGCUCCCAUCAAGCGUGUUGCCCUUGCCGGCGCUUCGGGCGCUCUCGGCUCAGUGGUCCUGAAGCAUCUCGUCGACGCCGGCUUCGACGUGACCGUGCUCAGCCGCGCUCCCGGCAAGCUGCCGGCCGAACACGCCUCCUCCGCCAAGGAGGUCGUCGUCGACUACGGCUCGCAGCCGUCCCUGGACGCGGCCCUGCGCGGCCAGGACGCCGUCGUUAGCACGCUCAGCGACUUUGGCGGCUACGCGGCGCAGAAGCCCCUCGUCAGGGCCGCGGUGGCCGCGGGGGUGUCGCGCUUCAUCCCCUCCGAGUUCGGCUCCAACCUCGAGAACCCGGUGAUCCGGGCCCUGCCCUACGCGAUCCCCAAGGCCGAGGUCCAGGACCUGCUCGUCCGGGAGGCCUCCGCCCCCGGCGUCGCGAACCCCAUGACCUACACGUUCCUCUUCACAAACGUGUUCCUGGACUGGGCCCUCGAGGAGGGGCUCAUGACGGACCUCGAGAACAGGAAGGCCACACUCUACAGCGGCGGCUCGACCCCGCUCAGCUUCACCCGCCUGCCCACCAUCGCCCGAGCAGUCGUGGGCAUCCUCCAGCGCCCGGACGAGACGGCGAACAGGACUCUCCGCGUCCACGACGGCAUGCUGACCCAGAAGGAGUUCCUCGACGCAAUCCAGGAGGUGACGGGACCCUGGACCAUUGAUGAGGACGACAUCGCAGCCAUGGAAGCGAGAUCGAACGAGGCGUAUGCUAAGGGCAUCUUUAACCACUGGGUCUUCUACGGCUGGCUCGUCCGGGCUAGCCACUCGGCCGGCCUAGGUGUCGCCUUUGUGGAAAACGACAACAAGCUGUUUGGUCUCAAGGAGCACUCAACCAAUGAGAUGAAGGAGCUGGUCCGGAGCGUUGUGAAGGACAUCAUUGAUAACAACAAGUACAGGGGCACGUUUGCCAAAGCCCUGUCGAGCGCUCGCCAAGAGAUGUUGGGUGCUUGAGCAGCUUGGAUGAAGGAGACCUGGAGAUGGUGUCAUUGAGUGUCCCUUUUCUCAGGUUCCAAAUGCCCAGUAAAUAGUAUGGCAAUUCGCAACAGACAGCUCAUAGAGUGAGUUUUAUGGAAUAGCUGGUCGGGCAGUCCAGGUAGAAGCCUGUUUUUUUUUGGUUUUUUUUCUUUGGAAAUCGGCGCCGGGGCGAGUCCUUCAAGCAAAGAGCAAGCCGCAUCAAACAAGAUUCUUCGAAACCAGACCCCUAUAACUUCUGCCGGAACCGCAUCCCUCCCACCGAUUGCUACACAGCUUAUUUCUUCACCAGCCGAUGCUGGAGCUUCAUUUUCCCA